AUGACCAAACAUGUCCAGAUGACCGAGCCUGAACCGGUGGAUGAGAAGGAGCUGCAGCAGGUGCAGCACUUUGACCUCCAACCUACCGGCACCAAUGUGACGGACACCGACAAGGGCUCCUUCGCGCACUCGACCGAGGGUGACGCCUUCAAGGCUGGUCACUCCGCCGCUGAGCGCAAGCUGCUCUGGAAGAUGGCCUACCUGGACCGUGGAAACUUGGCGAACGCCAAGCUGGCCGCUUCUGACAACUCUCCCGGCCUACUCGAGGACGUUCUUGCAGGCAAGGACCAGAACUACUCGAUUGCGCUCUCCUGUUUCUUCAUCACGUACAUCGUGCUCUCGAUCCCGGGAACACUGAUGGCGAAGCACUUCCUCCCCUCGCGCACAAUCGCGUGCGGCUCAGCCAUCUGGGCCAUCGCCGCGACAUGCCAGGCGGCAACGAAGAACCCCGCCGGCCUGUACGUGUGUCGCCUGUUUGUUGGUGUCGGCGAGUCCCACUUCGGCCAGGCUAUGGCGCUCCACCUGUCAUACUGGUACACGAAGCGCGAUCUCGCCCGACGUAUCGGAUUCUUCAUCUCGGCCGGUGCCGUGUCGGGCGCCUUUGGUGGUCUCAUCUCUUUCGGCGUCACGAGCAUCAAGCACGCCAAGAUUGCAAACUGGCGCAUCUUAUUCCUCAUCGAGGGCUGCCCCUCUGUCAUUCUCGCGAUCUGUGUCGCGCUCUUCAUGCCGACGCGUCCGGAGACGUCCAAGUUCCUCACUGAGGACGAGCGCACGCUCUGCCUCACCCGCCUCAAUGCUCAGAACUCGCCCGAUGCCAAGCUCGGUAUUCAGAAGGCGGGAGUCAUCCGCUGUUUGACCGACUGGAAGACCUACGUCGUGUCCAUCAUGUACUCGUGCAUGAACCUGACUCUUGGAUCGGUCGGUGGAUUCCUGCCUACCAUCAUCAAGAACUUCGGAUACACCAACGCCCGCGCUCAGCUGAUGACUGUGCCUCCGUACGCGGUUGCGCUCGUCUUCAUGCUCCUGCUCACGACCUUCUCUGACCGCCGCCAGACCCGCGGUAUUCCGGUCAUGGUCCCGUUCGCCCUGGGCAUUAUCGGAUGGGCGGUCCUCCUUACCGUCCCGCCGACACACGGCACCCAGGCGAUGUGGUCUGGACGCUACUUCGCGUGCUGCUGCAUCGUGACCGCGGGGUACACGAACAUUCCCCUGAUCAUGGCAUGGCAGUCCGCCAACACCGGCAACGAGAGCCAGCGCGCGACCUCGCUCGGCAUGCUGAACACGAUCGGCCAGUGCCUCUCUGUCCUCGCCGCGUUCCUCUUCCCCAAGGACGAGAGUCCCAAGUUUACCAAGGGCUGUAUCGUGAACCUCUCGUUCCAGUGUCUCGGCCUCGUCAUUGCACUCUGCAUGACGUGCUGGUACCGUUACGAGAACAAGGUGCGCGAUCGCGCCGAGGGUGGUCGCCCGCCCGCGGGAACCCCCCUCGAGACGCUCGAGUACCACGACCUCGCCGCUGGUUUCCGCUACACUCCUUAA